GCUCUUCCCUCCCGGGCUCAUUCCUCCCACAGCCGCAGCCUCCGGGACAUUCCCAGGGGCACCGGGGGGUGGGCUCCUCACUUUGCCGAGGCUCCCGGAGGAUGACGCAGUGGUAUCAGCUACAGCAACUUGAAUCCAAGUUUUUGGAGCAAGUUCACCAGCUGUACGAUGACAGCUUCCCUAUGGAAGUCAGGCAGUACCUGGCAGAGUGGCUGGAACGCCAGGACUGGGAACAUGCAGCCAACAAUGUCUCUUUAGCCACGGUGUUAUUCCACGACCUCCUGUCACAACUUGAUAAUCAGUUAAGUAGAUUCUUGACAGAAAACAACUUUUUGCUGCAACACAACAUAAGGAAAAGCAAACGGAAUCUUCAGGAUAACUUCCAAGAAGACCCAAUACACAUGGCAAUGAUCAUCUACAACUGUCUGAAAGAAGAGAGGAAAAUAUUGAACAGUGCCCAGCUGUCAAGUCAGAUGGAUGUGGGGAAUGUACAGAACACUAUGAUUGGGAUGCUGGACAGACAGAAGGAGCUUGAUGCAAAAGUUAUGGGUGUGAAAAACAGUGUGAAAGAAGUGGAGCAAGACAUCAAGACACUAGAGAAUAUGCAAGAUGAGUAUGACUUUAGGUAUAAAACCGUGCAGAACAGAGAGUACGAGUCCACCAGUAUGUCACAGGAAGAAUACAAGAAAGAACAGCUGACUCUCAAGAUGAUGUUUUCAUCACUUGACCUCAAAAGAAAGGAAGUUGUGGACAAGAUAGUACAGCUGCUGAACACCACAGAGCACACACAGAGUGCACUUAUUAAUGAGGAGCUGGUGGAGUGGAAACACAGGCAACAGACUGCAUGUAUUGGUGGCCCACCCAAUGCCUGCCUUGACCAGCUACAGAACUGGUUCACCAUUGUUGCUGAAGGUCUACAGCAAGUUCGUCAGCAGCUCAAAAAACUUGAGGAACUGGAACAGAAGUUCACCUAUGACAAAGAUCCCAUCACAAAAUAUAAACAAGUUCUGCAGGAUCGAGCACACAAUCUUUUCAGACAGCUCAUCCAGAGCUCCUUUGUGGUAGAGAGGCAGCCUUGCAUGCCAACACACCCCCAGAGGCCACUAGUUCUGAAGACAGGAGUACAGUUUACUGUAAAGCUGAGAUUGCUGGUGAAAUUGCAGGAGCUGAACUACAACCUGAAAGUGAAAGCUUUAUUUGAUAAAGAUGUAAGUGAGAAGAACUCAGUCAAAGGGUUCAGGAAAUUUAAUAUUUUGGGAACAAACACAAAAGUAAUGAACAUGGAAGAAUGUACUAAUGGAAGUCUAGCAGCAGAAUUCAGGCACUUGCAACUGAAAGAACAGAAAAAUUCAGGAAGCAGAACAAAUGAGGGUCCUCUCAUUGUGACAGAAGAACUUCACUCUCUGAGUUUCGAGACACAGCUGUGCCAGCCUGGCUUAGUAAUAGACCUAGAGACCACAUCCCUUCCUAUCAUCGUCAUCUCCAACGUCAGCCAGCUCCCAAGUGGAUGGGCCUCUAUUUUAUGGUUCAACAUGCUGUCUACUGAUCCCAAGAACUUGUCCUUCUUUCUGAAUCCACCCUGUGCAAAGUGGAGUGUACUUUCUGAAGUUCUGAGUUGGCAGUUUUCAUCUGUAACAAAGAGAGGACUUAAUGCAGAUCAGCUGGGCAUGCUGGGAGAAAAGCUACUUGGGCCAGCAAGUGGAGGCUCCCAUGAUGGCCUUAUUCCUUGGACAAAAUUCUGCAAGGAAAAUAUCAAUGAUAAAAGUUUCCCCUUUUGGUUGUGGAUUGAGGGAAUCCUGGAGCUUAUUAAGAAACACCUCCUGUGUCUCUGGAAUGAUGGCUGCAUCAUGGGUUUCAUCAGCAAAGAGAAGGAACGUGCUUUAUUGAAGGACCAGCCUCCAGGAACAUUUUUACUGAGAUUCAGUGAAAGCAGCAGAGAGGGAGCAAUCACAUUUACUUGGGUGGAAGGUUCUCAAAGUGAGCCUGAGUUCCAUUCAGUUGAACCUUACACCAAGAAGGAACUCUGUGCUGUCACUUUCCCUGAUAUCAUCCGCAACUACAAAGUGAUGGCAGCUGAGAAUAUUCCUGAAAAUCCACUGAGGUUCCUCUACCCAGACAUACCCAAAGACAAUGCCUUUGGCAAAUACUACUCCAGGCCUAAGGAGGCACCAGAGCCUAUGGAUUUGGAUGGGCCCAAGGGAAACGGUUACAUCAAGACUGAAUUAAUCUCUGUGUCUGAAGUCCACCCUUCUAGGCUCCUUUCUCCAGAAAAUCUGCUCCCCAUGUCUCCUGAAGAGUUUGAUGAGGUGUCUCGGAUAGUGGACCAAGCAGAGAUUGAUACUGUGAUGUGUUCAGCAUAUGGAACUUGAGAGGCUGAGCUUUUUACUGCAUCAUUAAAGCAGCUGAUUAGCUUACGUAUUUAUCCUGCCCUGCACUCUGACUUGGUGCCACGCUUCACUCUGAUUCUUUGGUUUCUCAACCAGUAGCAAAAUGCAAAUAUAAACAGCAGCCUGGUUUUGUUUAGAAGUUCUCUGUUUAAGAAUUUCCAGUUAGCCAGCUCCCGUGCCAGACUGGAGGAAGAGACAAAUACAGGAAUGAGAUCUUCAGCAAGAGCAUGAGCAAAAGAAAAAACAUGGCAUUUUUUGUUUAAGGGAAUUAAUUAAAUUUAACAUUUAAAACAGUUGGCUGUACAUAGAAGGCUUCAAAGGCAAGUUAGUUCUUUUGCAGAGGUUCUGUUCAGAAAGGUCACAUCUUCCCCAUAACAACUUCUUAACUUCCAUUGAUUUGAAUUUUCACCUGCAUCACAGAAAGGAGCAGACUGGGCAGGUAUGUGCCACACCGAAUCCACAACCUGCUGAAGUUUUUCCUGGUUUUAUCUUUUCUAAAGGCAUGGCAUGCAGAGAGAACAAAAAUGCUACCUGCAUUUCAUUUUUGCUUGUUUCUGAGACCAAGUUCUGUUGUGUAGGGUGUUUAGCACAAUCCUCCUCAUAAAAAGCACUUCUUAGAACACCACCUGGCAUUGGCAUGUGCUGAGCUUGCAACUCAACAUGUAAAAUCAAAAUUAAAGCCUCUACAGACAUCAGUCAUGCUGUCAGGUAGCAGUAUCAGGCAAACCAAGAACCUUAAAGAGAGCAAAAGGGGUCAGAGUAUGUUUUUACUCACUUUGCUUACUCUACCAAGGUGUGGAUCUGGGCACUCUUAUCUUUUACAGUAACACAUUGAGGUUAUACCAGGUGGGAUAAAACUUAUUUUCUCAUGCCCUAUUAACCAGGGUACCUAUUUAACUGAAUAGCCAGAAGAUGCUACAGGGUUUGAUAAUUAAGUGGUUUUGCAAUUAGGGAUAAAGGAAGAGGAAAGCAAAGAAGUCAAAUUUAUAGAGAGUAAUGGCUGUAGCACAGGCAAGCAUUAGUACUUAAAAGGAUAAAGCUGGGCUUCCACUGGAGAAGGAACAGGUUUGGUUUUCUGCAUGUUUAAAGAUAAUUAGCAGCUGCUUAGAAAAGAAAGGACUGGUUCAAUUUGGUGUGUAGUGCUCAGGAAGACUGAUGUGUCCCCUGCAAAACCAGAAAGAAAUUUCAAGGACCUAGAGCACAUAUUUCAAUGAAAUGCAUUGCAGAACACACCUGGUUUUGGUGCCUUGGGUUACUGAGGUUAACAGUGCUACAGAGUAGCACAACUGGUGACUUUAAUACUUAUUCUAAUAACUAGCUGAAUCAUUAUCUCUGUUGCAAUACAAAAAUCAGAUACCUGUUUCUUGAGAUAAAUACAUCUUAUGCUUGUGGUUGAUAUGCAGCAGUUUGUUUUCAUUACUAUUACACUUCAAUUUUCUCAACCAGUUCUCUUGAGAAAGUCAAUGCCAUGGCCUUAUUUGUGGCUUUGUCUUUAUGUAGCCAAUAGUUCUAAAAGCAAUGGGUUUUCCCCCAUGGAAUGUUCUUUUGCCAAGUCCUCCCAGUAGUUUACUGUGCAUCUCUUUUAAAUUUGUUUGAACAACUAAACAGUUACAGCUCUGAAGCAUCUGUAAUAGAUGCUUUCAAUUCACAGCACUGUUGCAAGCCAGUCUGAAUUAGAGCUCUUAGAAGGUACUGCUGGAAUAACCUUUAUUCAUUCUUACUUGUGUCACAUCGUUGAUUUUUUUUUUCCUUCCCCAACCAAACUUCAAUAAACUCAACUUAUUUCCAAUGGGAGUCGAUCAGUAGGGUAACUGACCUAACACUGCCAAACUUUGUGAGCUAUCAAGCUGGCCCACUGCUGCAUCAUCAUUUUCUCUGGGGCUGUGAAGUGAAACAAUCCCUCAUCUUGUCAGACUUGUAACUACACAGCCAGAAAAGCAGUAAAAGGACAGAAACUGCUGGCAAGAUGAAAGAGAGCAGGCAGGCAAAAGCUGCUGAGGACACUUGGCCAAUGCACUGAAGAAUCCCAGCAUUAAUAAAAAGCACCCAGAGAAAGGACAGGGCUCUAGAAGAUACAGAUAAACCAAUAAAACCAUCAUCAUCUUGGUAUUUCCAUUUAUUAUGCUGUAAAAAGCAACACUAUCUGGAUUUUAUUUCUUAAAAUAAAUAACUUUCAUUUUCAGAACCAA